AUGCCUAAUUUCCUCAAAUCCAUAUUCAAACCCAGCCUUUCCCAAGCCUACUCCCCGUCUCAUUCAAAAUACAAUCAGUACAGAGAAAAUGACGAUACUCAACGUAAAGAUAAACAUUCUGUCCAACGACGAGAUUCACUAGCGGAGUUGCUCAGAACCGAAUUACGUUCAAAAUCUGUUAGUCCUUCCAGCCAAGUGGAGACAUACGAUCAUUACCAUGACUCUCGAGAUGGAGGGUAUGAUAAAGAUACCAUAUCUGACCUGAUUGAUACGGUCAAAAGCAACACUAAAAGUAGGUCAGAUGAAGAUAUGAAGAGGUUGAUCAAAGCUUUAGAAGAUAUAGAAGCUGAAGACCAUCACAAGAUCAAGAGUAAGACCAAAACCAAAAGUGAAGGUAAAGGUAAAGGUAAAGCGAAGUAUACUGAUCCGGCUUACCAAGAUGGUAAACUACUCAAUCCAGUCAUUGACAUAUGCUCCAAAGCUAUAGAAUCCGGUGAACUCCUCUUAAAGUCUUAUAUGGGUCGAGGACCCAAUUCACCUUUACUUGGAAGAGUGAUAGCUCUCUUAGAAGCUCAGAGGGAUGAAUUGGAAGAUGUCAAUCCAUUUACGGGGAAGAGGAGAUAUCCAGCUUUGAUUACCCUAGAACAGAUAUACCAAAAGGUCAACAUUGGUUUGAGGGAUAUAAGGGGUAUGGCAGAGGGUGAAGCGAGGGAUGCCCUAUUCGGCUUGAUCCAGGUUUUGCAAGAAGGACCAGAUUACUUGAUUGAUAUUAUCCUAAUCACCUCCGUUAUCCACCAAUCAUCCAUCAUCUCCAUCCCAUUCUCCAACGAGAUACGUGGGAUAUUGGAUAAAGCGGUAGAUGAUCAGAUCGAUCUUAAUAAUUUCAGAAAAGCCGGGGAAAGUAUAAUCGCCAUUGCUUCUGCGCUCGAUAGGGAUUUGCUAGAAGAUAAGGAAUGUGAGGAAGCGUAUAAGAAGGUUGGAGUGUUGGUUAAGCACUUACAAUUGAGAAUAUCUUCUUCUGCUCUACCUACUCCUAUCUCAUCAUUACCAGCCAGUCGAUCCACCUCUUUCUCAAACUCCACUACGACACCUACUCCACUGAUGUUACCUAGUACACCUGACCUAUCGCCCAUCCCAUCCCUCUCUUCUUCUUCACCCUCUUCGCCUAAAUUCACAUCAAUGACUGCGUCAGAUCUACAGAUGCAUUACAGUACAGGUCAAACUACCCCUACUCCUCUGCCAGGUUUAUCCUCAUAUCAACCUACUCCUCAAACUUCAGUCCCGCCUUCUCGCAGGACAUCCUCACCCACUCCCUCGUCUGGGUCAUCAGCUUCUCAGGAAAUAUGGGAAUAUCGUGGACAGCUAUUAACAGCCUCAGCUCUAGACCUAGUCCUAAGAGAAGAAAUGUUGCUCAUGGCAGACUCGUCAAAUCAAUAUGCGGGAGAAGUGACCUAUGAUGAUUUGAGGAAAUGCUGGACACCCAAACAUGUCAGGAAACUUCGUCCGUCAGAUUUGACUACCGAUGGGGAAAUACCUGAUACGACACCGGCAGGGUUCAAAUUGAAAGAAAAGGAUGAAUGGGGGAAUAAAAUUGGUUGGUAUGAUAAUGGGUCGGGAUUAAAGGAAAUGUAUUAUUUGGAAGAACCGAAAUUUGAAUUGCAAGAUGAUGAUUGA